CCGGUACUUAACUGCACAGCACAGCACAUGUCAUCAUUCUGAAGGAGGGGUAUUUAACAGACAGCCGUCUCUGAGCAGCCAGAGAGCCGCUUUAUCAGUGUGCUGCACCAACAACAACUGAAGUAUUGACAAAGAGAGAAACAUGAUCAGUUUCUGUCUCUUUUUGGCAGUCAUUUUCAGCCCAGUGCUAUGUGAACAAUGGAAGGCCAAUGUUGUCAAAAACCUUAACGCCUUGGUCUCGUCAUGCGUUGUGGUUCCCUGUACCUUCAGCUAUCCCAAUGAAGACCUGCCCACCUCCAGACUCAGAGGGAUUUGGCAUCCUUUUAAAAGCAAACAGGACUACAUCUAUUACGAGGACCAAACAAGAGUUUUAGACAGCUUUAAGGGCCGUACAAAGUUGUUGGGGAAUUUGGGUCAGAAAAAUUGCACCCUGGAAAUUACUGAUGUUAAAAACCAUGACAACGGCCCUUUCUGUUUCCGAGUGGAACUAGCACCAACAGAGUCCGAUACAUCCACCAAAGACAAGUACUCCUUUGUGGAAGAAUGUGUGACGUUGAAUAUGCUGCCUGAUCCUCCAAAGCCAACACUGCAUUCCAAAGACACAGGCACCGUGGGACAUGUCUACACUAUCUCCUGCACAGUCGAACACAGCUGUCCAUCCCAUCCACCUUCACUCACAUGGAGUCGGAGCACCGAGGACGGAGUCAUUGAGGUUUACACAGAUAUGCUGCAUGGCAUUUGGAAGAAACAAUCCAUCCUGACGUUCAUCCCUGAAGAGAAGGACGACCACAGUGACAUCACCUGCACAGCUGAAUUUCAUGAAAGGAAGACAUCAUCUGCAACAAAGAAGCUGCAUGUAAAACGGGUAGAGAACAAUAAGCACAUCAUCAUUCCUGCUGUGGUGGGGAUCAGUAUUGCUGUGAUCUUUGGCGUCGUCUGCGCUCUCAUCGUGAAACGAUACAAGGGGCGCAUUGCAGAACUCCAAAGUCAAGAUGGCAGCAUGUGGAACCGUCUGUCCCGGCUGUCUCGCAGGAUUCAUUCUGGUGGCCCAGGCCAAUUUCAGUCCACACAAAGGGUAAAUAAAGUAAAGACACAUGUCAGCACCGACCAGAAAGUUCCCAAGCCUCGUUUCCCAUCCCCCAAAAGCCAACCAAAGGCCUGCCAUUACAAACAGGACCUUGAUGAUGGGGAUGAUUACAUGAACACUGCAGACCUCAGUGUCUAUGGAAACCUCUGAAACAAAUACAGUGUAUUUCUUUGGUUUGUUGUCAAAGCCAGCAACAAAUCUAAUGAUGUAUUUUAUUAUCUACACAACACAUGUAUUGAGUGAUGAUUUAUUAUGCGCCAAUCUCAGCUUAAUAUAGGGCGAAAGGCGGGGUACACCCUGGACAGUUCACCAGUCCAUCACAGGGACACAUAUACAUUUGUUCAACAAUUUGAUAUUGUUGUUUAAAGGAAGUUACAUUUAUUUUGAAGGUAACGUCAUAAAAUGUAUAUUUCAACGUCAUUACAUUUACUUCUGCACAGCUACAUGUUCUCUUAAUGCUUUUGUUGGUUUCGGAGUCACAGUUUCUGAACCUGAAAUAUGAGAUAAAUGUAAAACCAUGAGAAAACAAUAAAGAACCACGUGU